UUAAAAAAAAAUAAAAAAUUGCAAAUUUGAAGUACAGAGGUCUGCCUUCCGUCGAAGGACGCAAAUCCGUUCAUCGUUAAUCGAAUCGAAGGGGAGGGGGGCAAAGGAGGAGUAGAUCGGAUCCAAUCGAAGCAUGGUGAGGGAAGUAUCAGAGAGCUGCGUGGAGAGUUUAAUGGCGGAGGUAGUAUCGUCCUAUUGCAGGGGCUUCUACGCCAACAAGCCCGAGCUCGCCGCUCCACGGAUCGAAGCAAUUGGUUUUCAGGUCGGCCACCAACUAUCCGAAAGGUACACAAUGGAUCGAUCAAGGUUCACCGAUCACCUAGAGGCAAUCAAAUUUAUCUGCAAGGAAUUUUGGUCUGAACUCUUCAAGAAGCAGAUCGACAACUUGAAAACGAAUCAUAGAGGUACUUUUGUAUUGCAAGAUAACCGGUUCCGAUGGCUAGCUCAUAUGUCAGUUGAUCAAUCAGUGGAAGGCGCUUCUUCUGUUCACGAUCCUUCGGCUAUGGCAGACAACAAAUCGAUGCAAGCUGCCAGUUUGCAUCUUUAUUUUCCUUGCGGGAUUAUAAGAGGAGCACUUUCAAACUUGGGGAUAACCUGUGCAGUUUCUGCUGACAUAUCCAACCUCCCAGCAUGUUCGUUUGUUGUCCGUGUAAAAGCUUGAGGAGCAAGUCCAUUCGUGACGGGGAUUUUUUCUUGUAAGGUAAGUAUUCGACUUAAUCUUAACAUUGGCUUUUGAAACACUAUCAUUCGAAUUUACGUUGUAUGUCAGGAUUCGUGUUUUUAAACGACUGUGUUAAUUGCCUUUAUGUUGAUUUAGUAAAUUUCUUUCA